GUGAGCGUGUGCGGUACGCUCAGUUCGUUGGCCGCUGGUAUUCGAAAACAAUAACGAAAAGUCUCAUAAAAACAAAAACAAAAUGUCCAAACACUGCAUGAUAACUUUUGAUCAAAAUGAGCACGGAACUUAUUUCACGGGCCAAGUUGUAACCGGCAAGGUGUUAGUAAAUUUUAACAAACCCAAAAAGUUGCGAGGCAUUAAGCUAGAAAUCAGUGGCUUUGCCUGCGCACAAUGGCGGGCAAAAGGACGUCGAGUCGUACCGACUGACGAUAGACGACGUCGUCGCAAGCACGUCUACAUGGGACGGGAGGAUUACAUAUCGUCGACGACAUUUCUGAUGGGCUCGGACCAGGGUUCAAACUUUACCGUUGAUGCGGGCACAUAUAAUUUCAACUUUGCCUGUCCCAUACCCGCCAACUGCCCCUCGUCCUUCGAGGGUGCCUUCGGACACAUACGCUACUUGGCAAAGGUCACUUUUAUACGUUCCGGUGCCUCGAACCGCACCCACAACGUCGGCUUCACAGUUCUCAAGUUGCUCGAUUUGAAUGCGGAAAGCAAGAUGCUGCGGGAGCCGGCCAGUAGUGAGGGCUUGGAGUAUUUCUGCCUUUUGCACGCACAGCCGGUUCGGCUGCAGGUGACGCUCCAACAACAGGGCUAUGUACCCGGCCAGUUCAUGCUGGUGAAUGCCGAUGUGGACAACAAUUCCAGCGCGGACUGCAAAAAAAUGUACAUAAUGCUGUUUUUGCGGGCCAGCUAUAUGGCCGAUGUGCCCGCCCUGCGCACCACCUCCGAGAAGAUUUUGCUACUGAAGAAGGAGUGCGGCGGAGUGGCGCAUCAUUCGCAGAAGUCCUUUGCCGAAACCUUGCGUAUUCCGGCCACAGCGCCCACCUGUGAGCAUCUGAGCAAGGUCGUGCGUAUUUCCUAUGAGGUGCGUGUGGUGGCGGUGAUGAAUUGGCUCAUGGCCAACCCCAGAGUGGUGGUGCCCAUUACCAUUGGCAAUGUGCCACUGGCCCUGGCGGGUGUGGCGCCCUUGCCAGCAGACUUGCCCAGCACCUCCGCUCGUGCCAUGGCAUUGGCCGUACGCAGUCCUAGCUCGGACCUGGGUGUGGGAAAUGCUGCCUUUGAAAUUUCCGACGAUCUCGACGAUUAUGCCAUGCCCGAAGAUGGCGACGACGAGCUCGAAACGGAGGAGGAAUUCGUACCCGAAAUGCCGCCGCCCACAUAUGAGGAAGCAAUGUUUAUGACUACCGAUAUAGCAGACACUGAUGUGAAUACUGUGUGCGAGGCAUCGCGAUUCACGCCCCGCUACCCUGUCUUCGAUGUGGACACAUUCCAAAGCCCUCCACCCAAUCCGCCCCAGAAACGACGCCGUCGUCGUCGCCGCAAGGCCCCAACCGUGCCCGAUCAGGAGCAACAGGAAGUGGCGAAGGAGAAGCAGCCAGUUGAGUCCCCAGUGGAGAUUUAAGCAGCGCCUAUCUAGCCAUUCCCGUAUCUUAUCGCUGCAAUCUUUUUUCUUAGCUAAAUGCAUGCCCAAGUACCCCCUUAUGUACCCUGCUUUGUAUAUAUGUACAUGUAUAAACGGAAACUGUGUUACGGAGAAGGCUAAAGUAAAUAAACAAGCACAUAAACAUGUCAGCUGCCAGUUUUGUUAGCAGCUUUAA